AUGCAGGGUGCCUCCAUAAGAUUUCAGCCGGGUGGCGGAAUCCCUCCGGCCCAAGAUCCAUACAUGAGUCAAUAUGGAAAAGAAUCAGCAACUGAUAUACAUGGCCCGGAGAACGUUCUACCCGAAUCUGCCGAACUUGCUGAACCACCUGCGAAACGGAUGCGGAUCAUACAUGAGGCCCUUGAUACAAGUUCGACACCAGUCAGUCUGGGCGAUAUAGGUCAAGCUGCUUCUGAGUCUCAAAUAUCCCUUUCCGAAGGAUUUCAUCCUGUGUAUCCCAGGGAGAGGCUGUACAUGGGUGGUGUUGGUAGUAGCAGCACCCCCAAUGAGUCUACCCCCUCAACCGACUUGACAUCAGCCAUUGAUCCAAAAAACUCCACAUCUCCUCCACCGGUCCCCUUGCAGUCAAUUCCCAUGCAGUCAAUUGUGUUUGGGCCAAAUAUACUUGAAAGCGGCAAGGUAGAUCUGUCCAAAUGUCGACCCCGCGCGUCCAUCCCAUCCAAACUCCACCCGUCCGUCUAUGGUGAACAAUGUGUUAGAGCGGCAUAUUCAUCUCGGUUGAAUCCAUAUGCUCUUCAUCGCCAGGAGCAAGAAUUCCUACAAGACCACCUCUGCCAUGUACAUGUGACAAUAUAUCUCAACAUUCGGAACGGGAUUUUACUCCUCUGGGGCAGGAAUCCAAUGGUCGCUGUCACCAGAGAAGAAGCGCUUGGUUGUGCAAAAGAUUACCGAUGGAUGAACUUAGCCUCGUUUGCUUACGAUUGGCUUGCACGCAAUGGUUACAUCAAUCAUGGCUGUGUGGAGGCUCCAUUGGCCCCGGUGAAACCCAAGCGCGGAAGACGGAAGGAAGGACCUACAAUUGUUGUAAUCGGCGCUGGAAUGGCAGGCUUGGGAUGUGCACGUCAAUUGGAGAGUCUUUUCCGCCAAUACCGUGAGUCAAAUGUGCUACCUCGUGUGAUUGUUCUCGAAGGACGGCGAAGGCUGGGGGGUCGCAUCUAUUCCCACCCGUUGACUAGCCUGAAGUCAAAAUCCUUACCCAAAGGGCUUGUGCCAAAGGCAGAAAUGGGUGCUCAGAUUAUCGUUGGUUUCGAUCACGGUAAUCCGUUGGAUCAGAUUGUUCGCGGGCAGCUGGCGCUUACAUACCACAAGAUUCGAGACGUCUCGACGAUCUACGACAUUGAUGGAUCUCCUGUGAAUGAGAACCAAGAUGCAAUGGCUGAAAAACUCUACAAUGACAUUCUUGAUCGAACAGGGUUCUAUCGUCAUAAAGCAAAGAUUUCACCAACCGCCGAGGGAAACCGCGAGAUGAUUGAUACUGGUCGCGAAUCGGUCGUGGAUGAUGGACUCACUGUGCGACAAUAUGAAGAAGCGAGGGCCGCAGGAACAAUUGAUCUGCUGGUGCCGACCAAACGCGUUCGACGAGGAAUCAAACACAAGACCGCGGAAAACGAGUUAUCCGUCGACGUUGCGAGUGACCUGGCGGGAAAUUCGGAUGAUGACCCAGCAGCUUUGACCUGUCAGACUACUGGAUGGAAACUCAACCCUGGUUACACAGUGAGCGACACGAUUGAGCUGGAUCAGAUUGCCAAGGUAUCUCUGGCACAAACCCUUGGUGUGGUGAUGGAUGAGGGUGUCAAGCAAUACCAGCGCAUGCUUCCAUUGACGCCUAAGGAUAUGCGUUUGAUGAAUUGGCAUUUUGCUAAUCUCGAAUACGCCAACGCUACGAACGUCAACCGACUGAGUCUGUCAGGGUGGGACCAAGACAUCGGAAAUGAAUUCGAGGGCGAGCACUCUCAAGUUAUUGGGGGUUACCAGCAACUACCAUAUGGGCUGUACAACUUGCCAGAAAAGCUUGACGUCCGCACUCGCAAGAUUGUCACUGAUAUAUCUUACGAUACUACCGGAACAAACGUACACAAGAAGGCGGUAGUGAAGUGUGAGAACGGGGAAACAUUCACAGCAGACCAUGUGGUAUUUACUGGCUCUCUUGGUGUUUUAAAACAACAGAAGAUCAACUUUGAGCCCCCUCUUCCUGAUUGGAAGCGUGGCGCAAUUGAGAGACUGGGCUUCGGUAUCAUGAACAAGGUCGUCUUGGUCUUCAAAGAACCCUUUUGGGACACCAAGCGGGACAUGUUCGGACUUCUGCGCGAACCAGCGAACGCUGUGACCAUGGUGCAAGAGGAUUAUGCCGCAAAUCGUGGUCGUUUCUACUUGUUCUGGAACGUCAUGAAAACAACUGGUCUUCCAUGCUUGAUCGCUCUCAUGGCAGGUGAUGCAGCCCACCAGGCAGAAUGCACACCAGACGAAGAGAUUGUGAAGGAAGUGACUGGUCAGCUUCGUAAUGUGUUCAAAGAUAUGCCAGUUCCAGAUCCCCUCGAGACUAUCGUGACUCGCUGGGGCCAGGACCCCUUUACGUACGGCAGCUAUUCCUAUGUUGCCCAGUCAGCCUUCCCAGGUGACUACGAUCUGAUGGCUCAGCCCAUCGGCAAUCUCCACUUCGCCGGCGAAGCCACAUGUGGCACUCAUCCAGCAACUGUUCAUGGUGCCUAUCUAUCGGGCUUACGAGCCGCGUCUGAGAUCAUCUCGCCGAUAGCAGGUCCAAUCGUAAUGCCUCACCCUCUUGUCCCAGACAAAUCCAAAGUCCGGAGCAAAUCAUCCACACCCUCUGCCUCCGUCAAGAAACCUCGAGGCUCCUUAUCCACUUCCCCCGAGGCAUCAUCUCAACCCAAAGCCCCAACCUCCUCCUCCCGCAAACCAACUUCCUCCGAUCAAACCCGCCGCGAUGCCUACGAUCAAGCCCUCUGGACAACCAUCUACGCUGAAUUAGGCUCUGCCCCCGCCCGACCCACAAAGACAGGUCUCAACCCCUUCCUGUUCUAUCAAAAAGACUUUUGGCAGCAAUGCCGCGAUAAUUGCGACCAACUACGCCGCACAACAUCCAACAAUCCCAAUGCUAAGGCUCCCCGUGACGAUAUCCGCGCCGCGUUGGGCCAGAUGUGGCGCUCUGCCACCCCAGCCGAGAAACAGCCCUACCUCGAUCGGACAGAAGCAAACCGUCGUGCCAAUGCGGAGGCCUGGGAUAAAUGGAAGGUUGAUGUUGCGGAGUGGGAACGUGCUACGUUCGUUGUUAAGGAUCGCUUUUGCGCCGAAAACCCGUUCGAGAGCUGGGUCAUGCCGGACUAUCUUGCUGAGGGAACUGCUGAGUCUGUUCCUGUGCUUGGCACGGCUUUCGGUGGGCAGUAA